AUGAAUGAUGAAUUGUGUGGAAAACUUGAUUUUUUGAGGAUGUGUUUACCCGAUGAAUUAGACGGGCAGGCAACAAUUGAACUUAAUACUAUUCAAAAUUACAAUAAUUAUUGUCCUAAUGGAGACUGUAAUGCUGAAAUAGAUCAAAUUACGAUUGGAUUUUUAUGGUUACUUGAACAAUAUUUUACUAAAUACCCAAAGAUAGGUAAUAAUGAAUAUAAUACUCAACCAUUUUUUAUAUAUAUUAUUUUAUGGUUAAGUAACAAAUUAAAUCAAAACAAAAAUCACAAUACCACCAAAAUAAACGAUUUUUAUGAUAAAUAUGUAAAAAAUAGUAAUAAACAUACUAAAUUUAAAGAAGGCGCCUACAAAUUUUUCGGUCUUGGGGAAUUCAUGGAUAAACAAAAAGAUUUGUUGGAUAUUGAUAUUAAAGAUCUUUCUAAAUUUUAUGAUGCAUCCAAAUUAAUAUGUAGUAUGUAUGCUAAUAAAUCAACGAAUACAGAUGGCAACAAACUGUUAAAGGAUGCUGCUAGUUUUAUUAUAAAAUAUACAGAGCUCAAAAAUGGCAGUAAUACUAAAGGUACCCCAAAUAAUCAAAUAAUGUCUGCUUUAUCAGCUGAUUAUGAUAAUAUAAAAGAGAAAUGUAAAAAUGGCCAAUCUAUUCCAGAGAUAACAGCAGACAUUUCUGCACUAAUGUCUACAUUUGAAGAUACAUCAUCAAGUUCGUCGAUAGGAAAAAGAUUAUUUGCAGUUUUAUCGAUAUUUGGUGCAAUAGCAUUUUUUUUAGGAAUUUCUUAUAAGUAUUCAUUAUUUGGAUUUCGAAAGCGAUUUAAAAAACAACAAAUAAGAGAAAAAAUAAAAAAUAUAAAGAAGAAAAUGAAUCGUUAA